GGUGGGGAUGAAAGAGUCUUCCAGUUUGAAUUUGCGCCUAGGCUUCAUUAUAAAUAAAUAUAAUUUUUUUUGCUGGUUUGGAAUUUCAACAGAAUAUUAGGUCACUGGUUGAGUUAAACUGGUAUUUAAAUUAUAUUGCAAAUUUUUUGCUCAGGUCCCUCUUGAAAAUGAGAUCUAGAUGUCAACGGGGUUUACCUGAUUAAAUAAAGGAAUAUAUAUAUAUAUAAAUGGUUUUAAGAAAAUGACAAAAUGAUCUCAGUUGGAAAAUCAUAAAACAGCAACUUACAGAUUCUCAGGUGAAAUUAAACUAGAGAACGUAAAUAUUCUGAUCCUCAGAGUUAUGAGUAGAAGAGACGAUGUUUGGAAGUGACGCAUUUAAUCAGCCAGAAGAAAAAUAUUGUGUUACUCAGUAGAAAUGUAUUAAAUUCAGAAGAAAACAAAAUCAGUUAUAAAAGUGAUCACAGUCAUAACAUCUGAUAGAGUCUAAAUAUAGAUUUUAUUUACUAUUUCAUUCUCCUCCACAGUAACAUGUCUUCAUUUACACUCAGUAUUAAUAUCUUGAAUUUUAAUUAUAAGAUAUUGUUUCUGCUAAUCUGAAGUUUGUAUGUUUUGUUUUCCACACAGAGAAGAUCUAUAAACUGACCAAGAAAAUGAAAGAACAAGAAGAGAAAGAGAAUCAGUUAAAGUCCAAACUUGGUGAACUGGAAGAAGAACUGGAAAAGGAAAAAGAUGAGAACCAGAAGCUGCAGAACAAAGUCAAAGACAACAAUCAGUUACAUGACACACUGAUUAAAGUCAAAGCUGAACUGGAGAACCAGAAGGAUCAGCUGAACCAGAAACUCCAAGAUGUCGAGAUUAAGAGGAAGGAAAACAAAGAGGAAGUUCAGAUGAUGGAGAAAAAAAUAACUAUGAAUGAAAACUAUGAUAACAAGGAUCUGCUAUUAGGGGAAAAAGGAAAGCUGUUACAGUCCCAGUGGAAACUGGAUGAGGAGAAGAAACAUUAUGAAAGACAGAUACUGAACAUAGAGAAAGUGAUGGAACCUAUAGAGAUACACAUGAUGAGAAUAAUGAGGAUGUUGAGAAAAUAACAGAAGAAAAUGUGUCUAAAACAGAACAAAGGACUAAAAAACAAAUGUGAAAUGAUUGAUCAGCAAGAUUCACUGAAACUAAACUAGGUUAUUAUGGUACAACUUCUCUCUUUAGUGUUUCAGCAACAUUUUGAAUCUGUUCUCUGUCCCACUGACUGCUAAAAACAGGCUUUUCUGUUUAUAAUUUACAGCUUUAUGAUCUGAUUCUAAUGAAAUGAUAACAGCAACAACCAGAAUAUUUAAACAGGGAUCCUAAACUAGUCAGGAUGAAAUGAACUGAUGCUUCUUAAAGGCAACAUAGACAAUAAAACUACUGCAUGAAGAGUAAAUCAAUAAUAUUUCUGUUAAAAAUGUCAAAUGUAAAUAAAGGUUUUAACAUCAAAUGUAUAAUUGUAAAACUCAUAUCACCAUCUCAGGUUCUUUAUCAUGUCAGAUGCAUAUUAAGCUGGUUGGUCAUUUGUUUGCAUUUUUUAAAAAGUUUUUUAACAUUAAAAUAAUUUUCAGAGU